AUGCUCAGAGCGAUUGUAGACGAUUUUCAAAUGACAAUCACAAAGACAACGUAUACCAACAACUUCUCCUACAGUGGGUUUACGCCUUCUUAUUCCAGCAGACUUCCAUAUGACGAUCAAGAUACAGUCAUUCAGUCUCUAAAGAGUGAAAUCAGAAGCUUCAAAGGAACCUUGCUCAGUAGACGCAAUUUCCCUACAAUAUCCACUUCACCAGUAACAUCAAAUGUACCUUCACCUAUAGUAACCACAACUACAGAGCCAUCUGCAUCUGUCCCUGAUACAUAUCAUCCUAGACGAAAGAGAUCAUUUAGAUCUGAGCUACCUUCUUCAAUACAAGUAGAAAAGCCAGAAGAUUGA